GGUAAAAGAAAACUUUGUAUGUGCUUUAUCAACACACUAUAUAUGACUGUUCACAACCACUACUAACUCUGUACUAAGUAGUGAGUAAUAGUGUACCCUUCAGAGUUAACUCCCAAAAAAGCAAAAUCAUGGUGGUCACAAGCAAAGAAGAGUCUCAAGAAGCAGCAGCUACUAGUUUUGAUAGAAUAAGUGAACUCAAAGCAUUUGAUGAUUCAAAAACCGGUGUUCAAGGCCUGAUAGAAAAUGGGGUCACAAAAGUUCCACCUAUAUUCCAUUGCAAAGAACACGAGUCAAAUAGUAGCAGUAAACCAAAUUCAAAGUUCAGCAUCCCCAUAAUAGAUCUCAAUAAUGGUACUAUUGGUGAUGAUGUUGCGGGGAAGGUUAAGGAUGCGUGUGAGAAUUGGGGGUUCUUUCAGAUCAUAAACCAUGACAUCCCAGUUCAUGUGUUGGACGACAUGAUUAAUGGAACUCGCAUGUUCCAUGAGCAAGAUCCUGAGGUCAGGAAACGGUACUACACACGUGAUCUUAGUGGGAAGGUUUUUUAUGUCUCUAAUUUCACUCUGUUCCAAGAUCCAGCUGCUGAUUGGAGGGACACACUUGGAAUUUCCAUGGCUCCAAAUCCACCCAAAGCAGAAGAACUACCACAUGUUUGCAGAGAUAUAGUGAUGGAAUAUUCAGAGAAAGUAAUGAAACUUGGUUUAACUUUGUUCGAGUUACUAUCAGAGGCUCUUGGCCUUAACAAGUCUCAUCUCAAAGAUAUUGGUUGUGCUGAAGGGCUUCUCCUUAUAUGUCACUGCUACCCUGCAUGCCCUCAGCCUGAGUUAACCAUAGGCAGUUGCAAGCACACCGAUCGCGACUUCAUGACAAUUCUUUUACAGGAUCAGAUUGGCGGCCUCCAAGUUCUUCAUCACGACCAAUGGAUCGAUGUGCCGCCGCUCCAUGGUGCUCUUGUAGUCAACAUUGGAGAUCUCCUACAGCUUGUGACCAAUGACAAGUUCAUCAGUGUUCAGCAUAGAGUUUUAGCAAAUACUAUAGGUCCAAGAAUUUCAGUUGCGUCAUUGUUUAGACCAAGGGUUGAACCAGGAGAGGCCACACCAAAAGUUUAUGGUCCAAUCAAGCAGCUCUUAUCUGAAGAGACUCCACCAUUGUACAGAGACACCUCUUUGAAAGAUUACAUAAAAAAUGGUUUUCAGAAGGGCCUUAGGACUUGCUCAAUUUCUCACUUGAAGUUGUGAUUUCAACAAUUGCAUGCUGUUGGCCAAUAAUACUUUUGAGUGCUAUUAUAUCUAGAUGCUACACCAUAUAUUUGAAUGUACUUGGAACUUGGUAUAAGAAAGAAAAGCAUGCUACCCAUAUAUAUGUGUUGUGCCAUUGAUGGCAACAUUUGGUAUUCACAUGCGUAGUUAUUACAAGCCCUGUUUCCCCA